AUUAACAUUGUGUAGUUUUAACUUUAAUUUAAUUACAUAACAAACAAGAUAAAAUCACUGUCACAGUAUAGAUAAAUUAUAAGAAGACAAAGACAUGAACAUGGACGCCAAUACUGUUGAGAAUCGGGAAAAGGAACGUGAUCGCCGUGGACGUGGGGCACGCGGCUCACGUUUUUCUGAUGCCGACGGUAACAAUGGGAACGCCGCAGGUGGUGGAGGGGGUGGUGGUGGAGGUGGCGUUGGUGGCAAUGCCGCACGAGACCGGAGCCGAGAAAGACGAAAUUGUCGUGUGUAUAUCUCGAAUAUUCCGUACGAUUAUCGCUGGCAGGAUUUGAAGGAUUUAUUCCGGCGCAUCGUGGGCUCCAUUGAGUAUGUGCAGCUGUUCCACGAUGAGAGCGGAAAGGCGCGCGGCUGCGGCAUUGUGGAGUUCAAAGACCCGGAGAAUGUGCAAAAGGCAAUGGAAAAAAUGAAUCGCUACGAGCUAAACGGCCGUGAACUGGUCGUCAAGGAGGAUCAUGGCGAGCAGCGCGACCAAUAUGGCCGCAUUGUACGCGAUGGUGCCGGUGGCGGCGGCGGCGGAGGAGGCGGUGGUGGUGGUGGUGGCGGAGGCGGCGGCGGUGGUGGUGGUGGCGGCGGCAACGGUGGCGGCGGUGGCCGCGAUCACAUGGACGAUCGGGAUCGUGGUUUUUCGCGACGUGACGAUGACAGAAUAUCUGGGCGUAAUAAUUUUAACAUGAUGUCGAAUGAUUUUAAUUCGUCGAAUUACAAUUUGUAUGGGCUUUCUGCUUCGUUUUUGGAGAGUCUUGGCAUAAGUGGACCUUUGCAUAAUAAGGUUUUUGUUGCUAAUCUGGACUACAAAGUGGACGGUAAGAAGCUCAAGCAGGUGUUCAAGUUGGCCGGUAAGGUGCAGAGCGUCGAUCUAUCAUUGGACAAGGAGGGCAACAGUCGCGGUUUUGCUGUAGUCGAAUACGAUCAUCCUGUGGAGGCAGUUCAGGCAAUCUCCAUGCUGGAUCGCCAAAUGCUCUAUGAUCGCCGCAUGACGGUGCGUCUUGAUCGCAUACCCGAUAAGGGUGAGGGUCUCAAGCUGCCCGAGGGUCUCGGCGGCGUUGGCAUUGGUCUGGGCCCCAACGGUGAGCCGCUGAAGGAUGUGGCUCACAAUCUGCCCAAUGGUGGCAAUCAGAACGCUGCCUCUCAACUGCUCGGCAAUGUGCAGAGUGCUCAGCAGUUGUCUGCUGUGACUGGCGGUCAGGUUGUCGGCGGUGGUGGCGCCAAUGCCGGCAAUCUGCUGAGCGGUCUUAGUGGUGUCAUGUUUGGCAAUAAUUCAUCCGUGCAACCCUCACCAGUGGCGCCGGUGCAGAAGCCGAGCAUGGGUAACAACGCCGGCGGCGGCGGUGGCGGUAUCAAUCUAAACAACUUAAAUCCCAGUAAUUUGGCUGCUGUUGUCGGCAAUUUAGGCAACCUGGGCGCAGCGCUGUCCAAUCCGCUGCUUACCUCAUCAUUGAACACGCUCGGCCUUAAUCUGGGCAACUCGGGUGGCAACGACGAUGGCCUCGUCUCGGCAAGCAAUGUUGGUCUGUCCAAUAACUACAGCAGCGGCGGCGGCUAUGGCGGUGCCGGCAACAACUACAACAGUGGCGGUAGCGCUGGCAGCGGUGGCGGUGGCGUCUCUGGUGGCAAUGUUGGCUACAAUUCGUAUAACAGCAGCGCCGGCGGCGUUUCCAAUGCUGGCAACAAUCAGAUCGAUGGCAAUGACUAUGGCAAUUCUGGCAAUCAAUUAGACAUGUUUGGAGGCGGCAAUGUGGGUGUCGGCGGUGGCAACGUUGGCGGCGGCGGUGGUGGUGCUGGUAAUGUGGGUGGCACACGUAAAUCGGACACGAUCAUCAUUAAAAAUGUACCACUGAGCUGCACAUGGCAGACGCUGCGUGACAAAUUCCGUGAUGUCGGCGAUGUCAAGUUUGCGGAGAUACGUGGCAACGAUCUGGGUGUGGUGCGCUUCUUCAAGGAGCGCGACGCGGAGCUGGCCAUCGCUCUGAUGGAUGGUUCGCGUUUGGAUGGUCGCACCAUUAAAGUAACCUACUUUUAAGUCGUAGAUCUUAAGAAUUUUGAAUUAACCGAUUGAACCGAUUUAUAAAGAGAGACGACCAAUUGCUUACCUUAUCCCACGGCACAGGCAGCAGAGCAAAGGAUCGGCUAGGCUGUCGUAUAACGGUUUUAGUUUAUAGUUUUAUCACAAACAUAUAAUUGUUUAAUUUGUAUACAUACGUUUAUAUAUUACACACACAACAAAAGGUAUCAUAUAGAAUUGACUUUCCAAAAUCCAGAAGACGCAAUUCAUGUAAUUUAUAAGUGAUUAAAGCCAAUAAACAUAAUAAAAAA